AUGUAUAGACGUGGAAUGAGACCAAUUGUAGUAGCACCACCCAUGAGAAGAGGGUUGGGAGGAUUAAUCGUUCCAGUUGCAGCGGGUGCUGUCGCAGGCUCAGUCGUUGCAAGUCACAAGAAUUCAGCCAAAAAUGCACAACCUCAACAAGCACCUCCACCUCCCACCAAUACUGUCUACAGUAUGCCACAGCAACAACAACAAAUGCCACAAAUGGUAGUUGUAGGAUACGACCAAGCUGGUAAUCCACUCUACCAACCAGCUCAAAUGAAUACCCAAACUGUCUACCAAGUACAACAACCACAACAAGGUGUUCCAAUGCAACAACAACAACCAACCCAAUAUCAAUAA